AGAUGCUCAAAUGGAUACUCACAAAAUUAAGAAUUAAACCAGAAAGUCUGAGUCACCGAAAUCGUUACUCACAAACCAAAACCCCCCAAUUCGAAACCCUAACCCUCCAAUCCAAUCGAUCCCGGCUCCCGGCUUCAAUUCGGCUCCGGCAAUAAAGGGUGCAGGUUUGGCUUUCCAAGUGAUUUCUAAUUUCCGAUGGCAUGCUCUUUACGACGCUUCUCCAGUCAUGCUCGUAUUUCUCAAACCACUAUUACCGCCUUAGGGUCCAAAGAACAUCUUCAAAGCAAGGCUAUAAUACACCCACCUGCCAGAACUGUGGCUCAACAAAUAUCAGGGUCCGUAUCCAGAUCCGCCACAUUCAAUCACUCUCGCACCCUCUGCACAGCCACUGCAGCAAGCGAGACACGGACCAAGAAUCUUGAGCGCAUUGCUGAUGAGCUCUUGGACCUCUCAAAGAUUGAGAGGCAUGAUUACUCCAUCCUCUUCAGGCUCAAAAUGGGCCUCAACAGGUAUGGCCCCGCAAUCUCAGGGAUGAGUCCUGCAUCUUCUGAAUCUGGGCCUGCUUCCACAGACUCUAAGGUGGCGGAGAAAGUCUCAUUUGAUAUAAAGCUUGAGAAGUUUGACGCGGCGGCAAAGAUCAAGAUCAUAAAGGAGGUUAGGACUUUCACUGAUUUGGGACUAAAGGACGCUAAAGAGUUGGUGGAAAAGGCUCCUGUUGUGCUGAAGAAGGGUGUGACCAAAGAGGAGGCAGGGCCUAUUGUUGACAAGCUUAAGGAGUUAGGUGCUACUGUGGUAUUGGAAUGAAAUCACAAUUGUCUUUCGUUUUAUUCUUUUUGUCCUUUUGAUUCAUGUAGAAUAGUUAUCGAUGAGUCUAAUGAUAAAUGGAGAAAUUUUUUAGUUGGUUCAGUUAGGACUCCUUUUGUUUUCAUGUUAAUUGGAAAUUGGCUUUGAAUGAAUUAUACAGUGCA